AUGGUGUUGAGUACUCUAUCGACCUUCCCACUUGAAGAUGUUUCGCGAAGUAGUCCAGAUGCACUCAAGUGGUUUCAGCUGUAUGUGUGGCGCUACCGCGAUAUUACGGUAGAAAUGAUUAGAAGAGCGGAACAGGAUGGAUUUAAAGCCCUGGUCAUCACUGUGGAUCUACCAUGUCCGGGGAAGCGAAGAGGAGAUGCCAUGGCCUGUGGUAACAGUGUCCCGCCAGGUGUACGCUUGGUGCACAUACCAGACAAAUAUAAGUCGACGCCAUCAAAGAUAAAGGCAGAGUAUGGCGGUGUAGGUGGCGUGUUAGACCCCUCCUUGAAGUGGGACAUUAUAAAAUGGAUGCGAAAAAUCACCAAACUGCCAAUAGUACUGAAAGGAAUUCUAAGCCCAGAAGACGCACUGCUUGCCGUGAAACACAAAGUAGACGGUAUCAUAGUAUCAAACCAUGGAGGGCGACAGUUGGACACAGUCCCUGCAACGGCUGUACAACGAUCAGCGAUAUCAACUCUUCGUGUGUACGCCAUGAAUACUGCUUCUCAAAACUGUGACAACCAUGUAAACAUGGCACGGGGUGUACCCGAUGAUGAGUUAGACAAGUAUGGCGAAAAACAGAAAGAAAUAUUACAGAAACUGUUUGAAAGAGAUUGUCCAAGUUUCGCGGACUUGGACGAUUACAGUUUUAUCCCGACAUGUAUCAAGGCGUUCGAGACCGUAACAUUGGAUGAAGCAUACCCACAAGACAAAGAUAUAGCAUCACGCUGUUACUCCAACAUAAGGAGCUUGUUAACAGGACUAGGUGAAACUUCAUCUUCCAAUCCAGAACAAUUUGCAGAAUGCAUUAUGCAAUACUUUUUCAAGCUCUACGAGACAGACAAACCAGAAUGUUUUACAUUAUGUGAACAGAUCAUUUGCUAUGGCAGGGAGUACAUUCAUAAGAAUACGGGAGACUUUAUUGCGGAAAGAAACGACCUCAUUGUUAAUACCUUGCGGGAGUGCAAGCCUGAAGACCUAAAAAAGUCUAAGACCAAAGCAUAUGUUAUGAAUGAUUUCGUUGAUGAUGUCUACGUAAAGGCAGCAAAAGGAAGCAAAGGAAAAUAUUCCAAACAAUUCAUAGAUAUAAUAAUGGUAUGUAUGGAAAGAAUGACUACACAACACAUGAGAGUUAUCAAAGACAUAUGCUACGAGUCGGAAGCCGUCAUGUGGAAGAAAAAUGUGGACAGUGCCAACAAAAUAAUAUCAAUGUGGAUGGUACCAAUCGAGUUUCCGCCGGAAGUGCUUAAGACAAGUGAUAAACGCGACCAUGCGUCGAGUUACUCCGAUGUUGUUGACAAAUUAGUGGAUUUGUUUGAAAAUCACAACAUACUCAAGAAAGUCUCCGGGAAUCUGUUAGACUUGUUGGAGUACUGCAUUAUACGUGACCACCCCAUACACUAUUCGAUUGGUGGUGAAAUUGUUCCGCAGAUCAAAUUUCAGGGACAAGACAAGAAAGUGUCAGCGGUAUUCAAAGCAUACGAAGAACUAAUAAAGAAAGAUGGUUAUGAAAUAGACGAAGAUUGUUCCGAUCAAAGUAAAAUGUUACAGUAUACAAUUGACUGGACUACUAGACAUGUAGGAGAAUCAAAUACACUACACAAACAUAAAGAGUACUUAUUGGGUAUCAUCGAUUUCGCAAUGACACACGAACUUGAUCAAACUGGUUAUCAAAAGUUGUCUGUUUGGGGUGAAAUGAUAAGAUGGAUUUUACACGGAAUAUUUACUGCAGGUAACUCCAAACAUUUAGAUCCAUUCAUCCCGUAUCUGGUCAAGUUACUCUCCUGCGACGUGGAAGAGCUGCAAGAUGGUGCUGGCCGUGCGUUUUACUCUGUCACCAACGCAGAAUUAUUCGCGCCAUACAUCAAUGAAUUGGUCGACGCAGUGGUUCAUCACGACCAAUAUAUGGCACUAUCUCCGUUGAAAGGAUGCUUUUCACAAGACGAAGAGGGCGUUAUGAAAAGAUUUGACGAUCUUAUGGAGAAACGUGAAGAUCUUUCAGGAAAUAAUAGUUUCUAUCUAUUGCAAUUAAUUGACGAAGUAGCGAAGAAAUACCCUGAAAGAGUUAUGCCGUACAAGGACUAUUUCUUAGAAGGGUUGCCAGAUACCAGCUUCAUGGCAUAUGGAUUGAUGGUAUUGUCAUCACUAUCUAACCACGAACCCAAAGAGUUCGUGGAACACGUUGACGAAUUUGUUGAAAUUGCAGAUAACCAACCUAACUUUAUUUAUCAUAUUAUUACUAUCCUGGCUAACAUUGGGAUGCUAAAUGAGGAAAUGGCAGUGAAAAUAACAGGAAUCUUCGUAGAAUUAUUGAAAGAUGGGCGACAUACUGUAUAUCUGUAUACAAUUCUCGCAUGUAUGAAGCAAAUAGCUGAGAGAAAGUACAUUUAUCUACUUCGAGAGAACAGAGAGCUGAUCGAAUCUCUGCGAGAUAGUGCACCUUCAAUAAAUGAUGUUAUUGAUAAGAUAAUUGAUGUCUUAGAGGGACGGAGCUUGAAGGCAGUUACUGAACAAGUUGCCGAUGUGAAGGAAGAUGUGGAUGAACUGGAUGAACGUGUUACGACAACGGAACAGAAUGUAGCAGAUUUAGAUGAGAAGGUUGAUAACCAAGAGCAGGAAAUAAGCGACAUAAAAGAGGAAGUUACUGAACAAGGAGAACGACUCGAUGAGCUGGAAGAAGUCGUAGACGAAACAGUUGAGAAAGUGGAAGAAAUCGAUCGAAAGACUUUAAAAACAGCUGAAGAUGCAUAUUGUAAACUGAGAGCCCGUGCACAUAUGACACGUGCACGCAGUGAAGAAAAAGAUUUGAAAAUGAUGCGUGAAAUAACCCUGCUCAGAAACAAAUGUGAAUAUCUAGACUCGCGCCUUAGAUGUAACAAUGUGAUGUUCUUUAAUAUAGCUGAGGAAUCUGAAGGACGGCAAUGUACUGCGUUUAUCGAGCGUUUUAUCGCGAAUCAUAUGGGAAUCAACAUAAAGUACGACGUAGAAUAUGCCCAUCGUGUUCCAAAAUAUGCCCCGGUAGUGAUGAAUUAUGAAAGACCGCGUCCAGUGCUGGCCAGAUUAAUGAGUAACGGUGAUAAAAAGACAAUACUCUACCAGGCUGCAAGAAGGCUGAAAAAUAACCCAUAUAAAGGACGACAUGUGUUCGUAAAUGCAGAUUAUCCAACAGACAUUAGAAUGCAAAGAAAUAAGAUGAUGCAUGUUGUUCAGAAAAUGCGGGACGAUAACGCGCGUUGUCGUGCUUUUUUGGCUUUUCCAGCAAUUACUAUCAGUAACGCGCCUGCGUGGUCCAGAGAUGUGUCAAAACUACUGAACGAAGAAAGUGAUCAUGACUGGCGUUUCCUGGCAAUACGCCUUGGAUACAGUUCGGAAGAUGUUAGAAAUUGGGCCACUGCGCAUGAUCCAACUAUGUCGUUAUUAAGUGAGUGGUACACCAUGCAUAAAAGCAGUGAAGCAACCUAUGCCGUAUUGACGUCGCUGAAAGAACUUGGAAGAAACGAUUGUGUUACGAUUAUUGAAGAUGCUCUCAAAGCUGCAGAUGAAGUAAUACCUGAAGCCCCUCCAGACUUCACACAUCCUCCUCCAGUGUUCAUAAGUUACCAAUGGGACCACCAAUCAGAGGUGAAAACAUUAAAAGAACAUUUAGAGAUGGCUGGAUAUGAAUGUUGGAUGGAUAUUGGACAAAUGGGUGGAGGCGAUAAACUUUAUGAAAAAAUAGAUGAAGGACUUAGAGGAGCUAAAAUAGUUUUAUCAAUGUGUUCUGAGAAGUAUUCACAAUCUAAAAACUGCAAUCACGAGAUAAACCUCGCAAGUUUACUGAACAAACCAAUCAUACCGUUAUUAUUGGAGGAAAUUGAUUGGCCUCCACCUGGACCAAUGAGCGUACUCUUCUCCCAACUGUUGUAUAUUAAAUUCUGUCCCGAAAAAGAAUACAGGAAAGGAGAGAAAUUCUGGUCUGAUUCGACAUUUGCUGAAUUACUGGGACAAAUAAAUUACCACGCUGCACCAGAUCCAGAAAAGAUAUCAGAUGAAUAUAAGAACUACGUUCCACAAGUUGAUGACACCCCGAUCGUUAAACCGAAAAAGAAGCAACAGACGGAGACGAAAGAAGACAGCCCUCAUAAUGAGGAGAAUAUAGAGGAUCCUGAUGUGUUCAUUUCAUACCAAUGGGGUGUCCAGCCACAGAUCAAGAAUCUCUACUCAAAGCUGACGUCAUUAGGGUAUACUUGUUGGUUAGAUAUUAUGCAAAUGGGAGGAGGUGAUGCUUUAUAUGGAAAAAUUGACCGAGGAAUUAGGAAAGCUAAGGUAAUAGUGUCUAGUUGUACACCGAAAUAUGCACUGUCAACAAACUGUCGACGUGAAGUGAGCUUAGCAGAUACGUUGAAGAAACCAAUGAUACCAAUAUUAUUGGAGAGUAUGGAGUGGCCUCCAGAGGGUCCAAUGAGUAUGCCAUUUGCUCAAUUACUGUACAUAGAUUUUACUAAUAACAAUAGUCAGAAGUUUGACAACGACAAAUUUGAAGAAUUAAAACAACAGAUUGAUGGUUAUGGAGUGGAAAUUCAUCUAGAAAUAAUCGAUAAUGGAGAGGAAGAUGGGGAAGGAACGGAGCCAAUCAGUGAAUCACAACAGUCUAAUACUCCCACGGACGACAGAGUUUCAAAUGAACCAAUGUCAGAUAAAGCAGUCCCACCUGCUUCUUCUCCUCUUUCGUCAGAAGGAAAGGAAAAAUCGAAUGUCACUUCUUCAAAAUCUCCCCCACCGAUCAAUAAACAAAUGCCCCCGCCACCAAAACGAAAGGACAAUUCCGGGCCAAGUACACAGGGUAAACCAAAAGCAGAGAAUGUAGAUGAUUAUAGUUGUAUAUCACUGUGCAUCAAGGCAUAUGAAGAAGUUACUCUAGAUGGUCCCCAUCAUACAAGCGAUGUUGUUAAAGUGAAAACAAAGAGGAAAAUCGAUAAAGUCAAUGAAUUCAUCAGGGCAUGGAUAACAUCGAUAGACUUGGAAGAAUCUGAUGUCAAGUAUUCAAUUGAAUCACU